GCUUGCAUUUGUCAUUUUCCGGUCGUCAUUCGUUCGCGCGACUUUUUGGCGAGUGUGUAAAAAAUAUACGGCUCUGCGUAGAUUAACCGAAAAUCGUGCUGUUUAGCCCCCGAACUUAGUAACCCAAACGAAAACAUACACACAAUGGCCGACAAGCAGCAAGUGGACAGCGAGAUGAACGGCGAGGACUUCACCAAGGACGUGACCGCCGACGGUCCGGGAUCUGAAAACGGGGAUGGGGCCGCCGCCGGCUCCACCAACGGCAGCUCAGACAACCAAUCGGGAGCAUCCGGCCAGCGCGACGACGACAGAAAACUGUUUGUUGGCGGUCUGAGCUGGGAAACCACGGAGAAGGAACUGCGCGAUCACUUCGGCAAAUAUGGCGAGAUCGAGAGCAUUAAUGUCAAGACAGAUCCCCAGACCGGUCGCUCCCGAGGAUUCGCCUUCAUCGUGUUCACAAGCACCGAGGCCAUUGACAAGGUCAGCGCCGCCGAUGAGCACAUAAUCAACAGCAAGAAAGUCGACCCCAAAAAGGCCAAGGCCCGCCACGGCAAGAUCUUUGUCGGUGGUCUGACCACAGAGAUUAGCGAUGAGGAAAUCAAAACCUACUUCGGACAGUUUGGCAACAUCGUUGAGGUUGAGAUGCCAUUCGACAAGCAAAAGUCGCAGCGCAAGGGAUUCUGCUUCAUCACCUUCGAUUCGGAGCAGGUGGUCACGGAUCUGCUGAAGACGCCCAAACAGAAGAUCGCCGGCAAGGAGGUCGAUGUUAAGCGGGCAACGCCCAAGCCAGAGAACCAGAUGAUGGGCGGUAUGCGUGGUGGACCUCGCGGUGGAAUGCGAGGCGGACGCGGUGGCUACGGAGGACGUGGUGGCUACAACAACCAGUGGGACGGACAGGGUUCCUACUCGGGAUACGGCGGCUACGGCGGAUAUGGUGCCGGUGGUUAUGGCGACUACUAUGCCGGCGGCUACUAUAAUGGAUAUGACUACGGUUAUGACGGAUACGGUUACGGCGGCGGCUUUGAGGGUAACGGCUACGGCGGAGGCGGUGGUGGCAAUAUGGGCGGUGGCCGCGGUGGACCCCGCGGCGGCGGCGGCCCCAAAGGCGGCGGUGGCGGAGGUUUCAACGGCGGAAAACAGCGCGGCGGUGGACGCCAGCAAAGGCAUCAGCCCUACUAAAAAGGGCAGGGGUCGUGGGCAUUGGGUAUCUCGCAUUCUCCAGAUAACUGCAAAACUAUUUGAAUUUUACCUAGUUUAGUUUGUUAUGCAUAACUAUGAAAACAACACACCUCCGCACACCAACUGAGAAGCCGCAUAUAUAUGCAAUUGUAUAUAUAUAAAUAGAGAGAAAAGAAAAGAAAGGAAAAAGGAAAAUGAAUAGACUGGCUGGCUGGGAGCAAAAAUAUCAACAUCAGCUACCUUUACACACCUUUACACACUUGUUGUGUAUCACCAUUCCAAAAACAAACACAACAGCAGCAGAAGCAAAAGCAGCAGCAGCAGCAGCAGCAGCAGCAGCAGCAACUUCACCGCAGCAGCGCCAGGAGUGAAGCAUCAUUUAGACCAUACAGACCAAACCACACAAAACACAAAUGCAUACACAUAUAGUUAGGCAUAGAGACACAUGUAAUUUUUCAGCAAGUGGCUAAUUUUUCAUAGCCACACGCUCAUUAAGCCGACAAACCAACCAACCAACAAACCAACCAACCAACCGCCCACCAAAACAACCCUUCAACCCUUGGAAAGCCCACAAGACAACCUUGCGGAGAACGUGGCACACAACAUUUGCCAAACUAAAUGCCGUGCAACGUUCGCGUUGUCUGUGUGUCGAAACUAAUUUGUUUUUCUAAUGUAGUCCCAUACAUUAUGCGAGGUAAUUGUUUAACGUGUCAGUAGCACAGGGAAUCGGAGACAUAAGAGGACAAAGCAAACAAACAUACUUACAAAACAAAACACAAAAAAACAAAACAAAACAAAAUACAUACAGCUAAAUUGUUUCAUACAUUACACAAUACAAUAGAGGAUAAGUAUUUGUUUAACUUUAAUUAUGAAUUAACUGUAAUAUGUAAUAAUAAUUAUAAAACAAACAAACAAACAAACCAUGCAAGCGUUGACUGGCUGGCACAUCGGGUUGAGUUCUUCCCGUUCGAUUGAAAACUAUAUACGACAAGACAACAAAGCAGAAGCAACCUACAACAAACAAAUCCACCAUAAUACAGAGCAGAAAGCGGAAACGAGAUUAGUUUUGGUUUUCGGACAUGUAUUACGCUCAUAGACUACAUUUAUACAUACAUAAUACAUAUAUCUAUAUUUAUGUACACUUCUGAAUGGGAAGAGAUUUAUAUUUUAAUAAAAAUCUAAAGCCACACAGCGAGAAA